GCUAAAGACAGCGAUGACGAUGAGGAGAUUGUACAUGUGGAUCGGGAUCAUUUUAUGGAUGAAUUCUUUGAACAGGUGGAAGAGAUCCGGGGCUGUAUAGAAAAGCUGUCAGAAGAUGUGGAGCAGGUGAAGAAACAGCACAGCGCCAUCUUGGCAGCACCAAAUCCUGAUGAGAAAACUAAACAGGAGCUGGAGGAUCUCACGGCCGACAUCAAGAAAACGGCCAACAAAGUCCGCUCCAAGUUGAAAGCAAUUGAGCAAAGCAUUGAGCAGGAAGAGGGUCAGAAUCGCUCCUCAGCCGACCUGCGUAUCCGGAAAACACAGCACUCUACGCUGUCCCGCAAGUUUGUGGAGGUGAUGACAGAGUACAAUGCAACGCAGUCAAAAUACAGAGACCGCUGCAAGGACCGCAUCCAGAGACAGCUGGAAAUCACUGGAAGAACCACGACCAAUGAAGAGCUGGAAGACAUGUUGGAGAGUGGGAAGCUGGCCAUAUUCACAGAUGACAUCAAGAUGGACUCCCAGAUGACCAAACAAGCUCUUAAUGAGAUUGAGACACGACACAAUGAGAUCAUAAAGCUGGAAAACAGCAUCCGAGAGCUGCAUGACAUGUUCGUAGACAUGGCUAUGCUCGUGGAGAGUCAGGGGGAGAUGAUAGACCGUAUUGAGUAUAACGUGGAGCACUCCGUGGACUAUGUGGAACGAGCGGUGUCUGAUACCAAGAAAGCUGUGAAAUAUCAGAGCAAAGCACGAAGGAAGAAAAUUAUGAUUAUCAUCUGUUGUGUUGUGUUGGGUGUUGUCUUGGCCUCCUCUAUCGGAGGAACGCUGGGAUUCUGA